AGGAUCUUAAACUAGACAGUGAACAAGAUGAUCAAUGACUUCUAACCUCUAUGGUCGUUGCUCUUUGUAAUCGCUUGUCAAGACAAAUUAAAUGUUUGUGUGCUAGUUAAGGGUUACAGUUAACUUCAAGGUGUUAAGUUAGCUAAGUGAUUGUUCAAACAGGUUUCAUCAUUGACUUCGUUCACAGCAAAAUGGACUCAUCAUUUUUUGAAGGGACAUCGACUAUAGAAGAGGAGCCAUUAGAUUACAAAUGUUAUGAAACCAAACUGAGACGAAAACUCAUAUUUUUUUUUAUGAAUCCGAUAGAAAAAUGGCAUGCCAGAAGGCAAUUCCCAUUUAAAUUUUUGGUUCAAAUAAUUAAAAUUAUGUUAGUUACAAUACAACUAUGCCUGUUCGCACACAGUAGAUACAAUCAUGUCAACUAUGCAUCUGACAACAAGGUAACAUUUUCACACUUGUUUCUGAAGGGCUGGGACCCAGUAAGGGAAGUAAAUGUUUAUCCUCCAGCAGUAGGACCAUUAGCCAUUUACAAGAAGAAUGAGUUUUAUGGCACAAUUGAUUAUGCCGUUACAGGAUACCAAGACAUCGCAAAUACUAUUGGACCAUAUUCUUAUGCAAAUGAGGAUAACAAUAUUAUUUUACCAGUGUUGCAGUUAGUUCAAUAUAAGAAGGGCCUAAUAUUUGGAUUCAAUGAAAGUUACAUCUUUGAUAAUGAAUUAGUUACUAAGUAUUGCAAUAUUUCCUUGUAUGAAAAAUCUGUAGAGUCAAUAAAAAGGUGUCUGAAUGGUGAAGAAAUCAAUUUUUCAGCAUUAGUGAGAGGAAAGUUAAGUUUUUCUCUGAAAUCAGUUAACUUUAAUGCAAAAGGUCUAUUGUCUCAGCCGGACUGCUACAAAUUUAAUAUAGAGAUAUCAUUUAACAAUGAAGACAUGGAUGGACAGAUGUCUUUAGCACUAGAUGCAGAACCUAUCCGCCUCAUGUGUAAGGGAGAUAUCAAGUAUAUUACAGAUAGUAACCUUGAUUAUGUUUUAAGGAGCAUACUUAACUUCUUUGUCAUCUUGAUCUGUCUAAUAUCUUUUAUAUUAUGCAUGAGGGCCAUUAUUAGAGCCCAACAGCUCAAAUAUGAGACAAUUCAUUUUUUUCAAAAAUUCUAUAAGAAAGACCUGAGCCUAGAAGGAAGAUGGGAAUUCUGGAAUUUAUGGUAUAUUAUGAUCUUAGUCAAUGAUGUGCUCAUCAUCAUAGGGUCGUGUAUUAAAGAAGAAAUAGAGAGAAAACAGUUUGUAGGCGAUCAAUGGAAUACCUGUAGUGUUUGUUUGGGAAUAGGAAAUCUUUUGGUUUGGUUUGGUGUUCUUAGAUAUCUCGGAUUCUUCAAGACUUACAACGUUGUGAUAUUAACACUGAAGAAAGCUUUUCCUAAAGUCAUUAGAUUUUUAUUCUGUGCAUUACUAAUCUAUGCUGGAUUUACAUUCUGUGGCUGGCUUAUAUUAGGACCUUACCAUACAAAAUUUAGAACACUAGCAAGUACAUCAGAAUGCCUCUUUGCUUUGAUUAAUGGAGAUGACAUGUAUGCCACAUUUUCUAUCAUGGUGGUCAAAUCACCAAUGCUUUGGUGGUUCAGCAGAAUAUAUCUUUAUGUCUUCAUUAGCUUGUAUAUUUAUGUAGUUCUUAGCUUAUUCAUUUCCAUCAUUAUGGAUGCUUAUGAAACUAUAAAAUUGUAUUAUACAGAUGGUUUUCCUAAAAAUGAUCUACAGUUGUUUGUACUAGAAAUUGAUGAAGAAUUUAGUGACCUUAAUGAAGCUAUACAAAUAUCUAAUGGUAGUGGAGUAUCAAGAUUUAAAGAACGCCUCGGUGUGAAAACGAAAGAAAGAGAUUCUACUGAGAGAAGUACCAACGCAACGAUCUACCAGUCGAUAAGCUUUACCUUUUAAUUUAAAUGUAAUAAUUUUAACAACCACUAAAACAAUCGUGGUUAUAGCAAAAUGUAUUUAAGAAAACAUAUCAAAAGAUUAUAUAAUAUAAUAACUUAUUACAAGAUUAAUGAUAUUAUUUUAGUAUUUAAUGCAACGGAAGUCUUGAAAUAGGAUUUCUCUCUUUUAAUGUUAUAUAAUUUUAUUUAAGUAUUAUUUUAUGUAAUAGAUGGCCAAAUAAUUUGUAUAGUUUAUACAAAUAAACUAUAAUUGUUUUCUCAUAUACUUUUUUCCUUAUUGUUAUUGUACCAAGUCUAGUUAUACAAAAUUUAGUUCCUAUUGGCCAGUAAAUACAUUUAAAGUUGAAUUAAAUGUUAAAUGUAUUAUUUGAAAAUAAAUAAAUAAACCAUUAAUAUGAUGUAAAA